UAAAUUUGUUCAAUUCGUUUAGUAACGAUAAUUGUUUCAUGUGAUGGACAGGAUUGUUAGAUCCCAUGUCACCGAUGAGAACAAUGCGGCAGAUGAUAGACACUAUGGACAGAUUAUUCGAAGAUACAAUGACAUUUCCAAGAAGAAACAAAGCAUCAGGAACAGGGGAAAUACGCACUCCAUGGGACAUUCAUGAUGAUGAAAACGAAAUCAAGAUGCGUUUCGACAUGCCGGGACUGUCCAAGGAAGACGUAAAAGUAUCAGUAGAAAAUGACAUGCUUGUCAUUAAAGGGGAACACAAAAAGGAAGAAGGCGGAAAAGAUGAACACUCAUGGGGUAGGAAUUAUAGCUCUUACGACACUCGUUUAAGUCUCCCAGAUAAUGUUGUGAAGGAUAAAAUCAAAGCGGAACUGAAGAAUGGAGUUCUUUUCAUCUCGAUUCCAAAGACUAAAGUUGAGAAAAAGGUGAUUGAUGUCCAAAUCAACUAACAUUAAGAAUUGCCAUGCUUUUGUUGUUCCAGGUUCAUUUUUAACCUUGUGUAAAAUGUAAUGUUCGCAUAUAAAUAUAAAAAGAAAGUAGUGCAUCUUUAACAA